AUAUAAUGUAAAACCCGCCCGACAUUGGUUAAACCUCCAUCCGAUUAAUUCCUGAGCAAGGAGCAGAAGAAUCCCCCGAAGCGAAGAAAAGUAUACUUGAAAGCGCGCGGUGGGGUUUGAAGUAGGUAGCAGAAAAAAUGAGCAGGUAAUCGGCGGCGGUGCAUGAACAUCCAACGGCCUUCGCUCCAUCAAAAUUUCUUCAGUGUAAUAUUGGCUAACGCUUUUCGGAGCUACCUUAUUCUAUGGUGUGGGCUUUGUUACCCGUCGAUUCCAUUCCAGGUGAAGACAAGUACUAUAUUUUCACCAAAGGAAGGUACAAGGUGGGUCGAAAAGGUUGUGAUGUUGUCAUUAAUAAAGACAAAGGAGUUUCCCGGAUCCAUGCAGAGAUAGUUGUUGAUGCUAUGGCUUCUUUGGAUCCGGCGCAGAACAAAUAUUCUAACAUGCCCUCUAAAGUUCGCUUAAUAGAUAACUCAAAGUAUGGAACAUUUAUUAAAAGGGAUCUUGCAUCAAAGAUAAAAAUUCAUGAGUUUCCGAAUAAAGAAACAACUUUGGAAGAUGGGGACCUGGUUUCAUUUGGAACUGGUAGUUCAACAUACAGGUUUUGUUUUGUUCCGCUCAUAUUUUUUGCUUGCUGCUUGGAGCCUUCCCAAAUAAGUCCUCAUUUACAAAAGAAAAUUUCAGCAAUUGGUGCAUGUAUUACUCAUACUCUGUGUGCUGAGUGCACUCAUGUGCUCGUUGAUAAGUCCAUGCCAGUGAAGGAAGAUCUCAUUGAUGCUAUUGUGGCUAAGAAACCUUUAGUCCUCGGCGAGUGGAUUGAGUUUGUUGCAGAGAAAAGUAUCCAAAAUGAAAUUCCUAGUUAUAUUUCCUAUCUUCCAACUUUGACACUGGAUAGAGUGCCUGUCAAAAUUGCUGACCCUAAAUGUCGAGAGAACUGCUUGGAAGGAUAUACGUUUCUAUUAGACUUGUCACACAUGUAUAAGUUUGGUGAUAGGCUGCAGUUGUUAUUGGAAGUGGGUGGUGCAAAAGUUCUUUCUGUGGAAAGCUUUUAUUCAAGUGGCCAAGGUUUCGAGGAGGGGGGAAACAAUCGUGUGGUGCGUGUAAUCCCUAUAGGAUCAUCUGACAAGCUUAACUGUAAACUGAGUUCUCCAUCUAGAAUAAAUGAGAUGGAUUUAAUCUUUGCUGUUCUGUCUGGACAUAUGGAUCCUUCUGUGGUGAUAUCACCAUCUAUACUUGUCUCAUCUUCAUGCUCCACCGAUGAGACAGUUGUAGCAGAUUCUGAUGUGGAAGUUGAAACUGUCACAUCAACUCAGAGGACUGUUGCUGUCCACACAGAAGACAUUAAAUAUGAGGCUGAUGUCAAGAUGUCUACACAUAAUACUGCUACCAAAACAGAGACUGAUCACGCCAUAUGCUUCAGAGACAAGAAUGAUGGUAUGAAGGCAACAAAGAUUGAAGAGUCUGAAAGCAGAGAUGCAGAUGUUAUAUACAGUCAAGAUUUAAUCGUGAGAAAUGCUACCUCGCCAGUUUCAUUUCGUUCUACAAUGGACAAUGGGAUCAUCAAUUUUAAAUGCUUUCGAAAGACAAGGACUCCAUCUGGGAAUAGUUUCAACAACCUUAUUCCAUUUUCAAAAUACCCAUACAAAGAUUUUGACUAUGAGAAUGGGGAAGUAUGCGAGUCUAUGGAAGAAGAGAAGAAGCGAAAGCAAAUGGAAGCAAUCGCUGAGGAUUUAUUUAACAAUGAAAAGGGUAAACGUCGUGCUGUAGCUGGUUCUCUUCGUGGGAUUCGUUCUCGUGGCUAACAAAGGUAGGUGGAUUAUGUGUAUUUCAGGUGGUAUGAUGUGACCUGGGAAGGAAGAGUAAAGGAGGUCACUUUUGGCUUGCUUUGGAGUGUUUUGAGAAGAAAUUGACAAUGGAGAAGUUUAAAGUGAAGAUCUUGCUUGUGGUGGUGGUGGUUUGGUGUUUGUAUCAUGUGUAAUGAUUUGGAGGAUGAGGAUGGUAUCCAACUUUGGGAAUUUGAGGAUGGUAUCUCUAUCAUAGGCAUAUAGUAAUGUAAUGGUGGUGGUUUAUAUUGUAAUGACAUAUAGUAGUAUAACCAUGAUAAUGUACUGUAAUUAUGGUGUUUUUGGUUGUUCUAAUGGCACAUUUUGGAAGCAAUAGUCAUUGUUGUUUUGUUCAAAAAAAAAAAAAAUGACAAUGUGGAUGAAUUUUUUUGUUUA